ACAACCAAUAAAAUGUGCACAGUCUCAAACCAAGAUGGCUGCCUGCACAGCGCCCUUGGGUGCUGCUAGCAUUCGUUUUCUCUUUAAAGACCAUUAUCUAUGGAAAACGAAGCUAUUAACAAUACCUUACAACUUGAAAUGGGUUAAACGAGGGUUUGCGGCGAAUGUGUUGUCACAGUCCGUUGAAGACCAAGUAAGUACCAGCUACGGAGGACCUAUUGAACACUACACACGCCUCGUUGAAGAGGGUACUCUGAACAGUGACCCGCAUCAGAAAGCGGUGGUGGAGAAGCUGGAUAAACUGCAACAGACGCUAAGGGGUUACAGUAACCAACCUACAUCUUUCUUUUCUAAGAUGUUUUCUAAGCCCAAGGCACCCAAAGGUUACUAUAUCUACGGAGAUGUUGGCACGGGUAAAACAAUGGUCAUGGACAUGUUUUACUCCCAUGUUGAAACUAACAAAAAGAAGAGGGUCCAUUUCCAUGGCUUCAUGCUAGAUGUGCACCAGAGGAUUCAUCGUUUGAAACAGUCUAUGCCUAAGAGAAAAGCGGGAAGAAUGGCCAAGUCUUAUGACCCCAUAGCUCCUGUUGCCGAGGAAAUCAGUGAGGAGGCAUCUCUCCUUUGCUUCGAUGAGUUUCAGGUGACUGACAUUGCAGAUGCAAUGAUACUGAAACAAUUAUUUGAAAACCUCUUCAAAAAGGGUGUUGUUGUUGUGGCAACCUCCAAUCGACAGCCUGAUGACCUAUACAAGAAUGGACUACAGAGAGUGAACUUUGUGCCCUUCAUUGCUGUGUUAAAGGAAUAUUGCCAAACACUCCAGCUGGACUCUGGAAUUGACUACAGGAGAAGGAAUCGUCCUGGUGCUGGAAAGCUCUUCUUUCUCGCAAGUGACCCAGAUGUGCACGCUACCUUGGACAGGAUGUUUGAUGAGAUGGCAUUUAAGCAGAAUGAUAUAACGAGGCAGAGGACUCUUAAUGUGCGUAAUCGGAAGCUGAUUCUUAGCAAAGCUUGUGGGACCAUCCUGGACUGCACAUUUGAUGAGCUGUGUGACCGACCCCUAGGUGCUAGUGACUACCUGAUGAUCUCCAACAUCUUUGACACAGUGUUCAUCCGGAAUGUUCCUCUUCUCACCCUGUCAAAGAAGACACAAGCCCGGCGUCUCAUUACUCUCAUAGAUGCUCUUUAUGAUCACAAGGUGAGAGUCGUGAUCCUCGCUGAUGCCCCAUUGGAUGACCUUUUUGUUCAAGAUGCACACCACGACGAUCAUGCCCACGAGCUUUUGGAUGAACUUGGUAUCAAACAGGAUGCGGGUAGCAGCCUGGCCAUCUUCAGUGGGGAGGAGGAAAUGUUUGCCUUCCAGCGGACAGUCUCCCGCCUGACGGAGAUGCAGACGGAGGAGUACUGGGUCGAAGGAGACCGCAGCACCACGUGACCCCCCCCCGAUGGACACACGUCACAACCCUCUUAAAAGUCCAGCAGAACCCGGCCUGUCAACAAGUGCUGGCUCCUGGAAAGAGGAACACUUAAGAUGGUGGUGGUGGUGGUGAGCUGGUGAACAGAUGAGCUGUGUUCAAAUACUCAGUCACUCCUUUUUGAUGCCAUUCCAGUUCACUCCAUUGGCCUGACGGGGGAAAAUGUAUCUGCCCAUAAUCCUACCUCUCCAUAUGGGUACAUUACCCCAGUUUUCUGAAUUCAAAUGAAAGGCCAAGUGUGCUGUGUGAGCUGGCUAUGCCUUGGUCAGGUGUUUUCUUCAGGUCUGUGUGGUGAACUGGAUUGGCAUCACACAUCAGUGUCUUCAGGGGAAUUUGAAGACAGCCAUGCAGAGCGGGCUGAAGAUCGAGGUGUCACUGAAAAAGUGCAGAACUGACACUGUGGUUCUGUUCAGCUUAGUGUGACCCAUAACCAUCAGACCUGCUCGUAUAGACAUCUGGUCCUAUGUUCAACACUACCACACUCGGCUUAAAUACAACCUUAAAAUCAUGCCAUGGGAUCAAUCUCUUAUCAACCUACUAUUGAACUGGAUCUGAAUAUGUACUGUAUGCCUUUUAAACCUCAUAGACACUUUAUACGCACAUGUUAUAAAUAUCUAGUAUUAUAUAAUGUAAUAAGAUUUCAUGCCGUAUUUUAAAGAAAGGAAGCAGUGGCUGUGCCAAUAUGUUAAUGGUUUUGCAGUGGUGGCUAGAUUAAUAUUAUUAAGCUCACUUUUCUACAAUUUCUGCCAUCAAGUCUUACUUUUUUUAGUCAUUAGAAGCUAUUACAACAGAAACCGUAAUACAAUAAUACUUGGUAGUGUACACCUGCAAAGGUUUAAUGGAUCAGAUUUGUAGUCUGCAGUUACUAAGUCCUAUUAUCCUUUAGUGCUAAAUUUGAAUUCUGAAUUGAUUGAGAUCUCUUGCUUUAUAAUAAUAAGAUUGGUGUCGGCAUACUAGAAAAGUGAGUUUGAUAGCCACUGGAAAUUGAUCUGGCCUCUGAACUGUUAACCCUGGUAUAUACAAUUAUUAAUUAUGGUGUACAAACUUUUUAAAUGGAAAAAUGACGAGUUUGAACAAAUGAAUGACUAUUUAAGUAAACAUUUUAUUUAUAAAACAA